CCUGGUCGCCCGCGCGGAUCGCCGCGGCCCGGCCGUCCCGUCCCAGGAAGUGGACGCCCUGCGCGCCAUGGCUCACUCCCCGGUGCAGUCGGGCCUGCCCGGCAUGCAGAAUCUGAAAGCAGAUCCAGAAGAGCUUUUCACAAAACUCGAGAAAAUCGGGAAGGGCUCCUUUGGUGAAGUGUUCAAGGGCAUUGACAAUCGGACUCAGAAAGUAGUUGCCAUCAAAAUCAUUGAUCUGGAAGAAGCAGAGGAUGAGAUAGAGGACAUCCAGCAAGAAAUCACCGUGCUGAGUCAGUGCGACAGCCCCUACGUAACCAAGUACUACGGGUCCUAUCUGAAGGACACCAAGCUUUGGAUAAUCAUGGAGUAUCUCGGUGGAGGCUCUGCCCUGGAUCUGUUAGAGCCUGGCCCUUUGGACGAGACUCAGAUCGCCACCAUCCUGAGAGAGAUCCUCAAAGGACUCGAUUACCUGCACUCGGAGAAGAAGAUCCACAGAGACAUUAAAGCGGCCAACGUCCUGCUGUCCGAACACGGGGCGGUGAAGCUGGCCGAUUUCGGAGUGGCAGGUCAGUUGACAGACACCCAGAUCAAAAGGAACACCUUCGUGGGCACCCCCUUCUGGAUGGCGCCUGAGGUCAUUAAGCAGUCAGCCUACGACUCGAAGGCGGACAUCUGGUCCCUGGGCAUCACCGCCAUAGAGCUGGCCAAGGGGGAGCCGCCUCACUCGGAGCUGCACCCCAUGAAGGUUUUAUUCCUCAUCCCAAAGAACAACCCGCCCACCCUGGAGGGCAGCUACAGCAAGCCGCUCAAGGAGUUCGUGGAGGCCUGCCUCAACAAGGAGCCCAGCUUCAGACCCACCGCCAAGGAGCUGUUGAAGCACAAGUUCAUACUCCGCAAUGCCAAGAAAACGUCCUACCUGACCGAGCUCAUUGACAGGUACAAGAGGUGGAAGGCCGAGCAGAGCCACGACGACUCCAGCUCCGAAGACUCGGACGCGGAAACAGAUGGCCAGGCCUCUGGGGGCAGUGACUCUGGGGACUGGAUCUUCACCAUCCGAGAGAAGGACCCCAAGAGUCUGGAGAACGGAGCCCUGCAGCCAGCGGAUUUGGAAAGAAGUAAGAUGAAAGACAUCCCAAAGAGACCUUUCUCCCAGUGUUUAUCUACGAUUAUUUCUCCUCUGUUUGCAGAGCUGAAGGAGAAGAGCCAGGCGUGCGGAGGGAGCGUGGGUUCCAUCGAGGAGCUGCGUGGGGCCAUCUACCUGGCGGAGGAGGCCUGCCCCGGGAUCUCCGACACCAUGGUGGCCCAGCUCGUGCAGCGGCUGCAGAGGUACUCUCUGAGUGGAGGAGGAACCUCAUCGCACUGAAACGCCUUGGCAUUUUGGGUUUUGUGUUUUUCUUUCUUCUUCAUCCUCCUCCUUAAGAGUCAAGGAGAGCCUUUGCUGACUGCUGAACAGGUGCGCGGCCCAGGGGCCGUCCCCCCGGCCGCCGGCGCGGGACACAUGGCGGCCCUCACCGUGCCGUGGCCAGAUGAAGUCUCCGGGACGGAUGGGGUGGGGCUGCGCCUGCAAGCGAUUGUUUUAUUAUUCCUGUUUUUACUUUUCACCAUAGUGCACAUAUUCAAGGAAAGUGUCUUUAAAAACAAACACAAACCGGAAAUGUAUAUUUGGGAUUCUGAUCAGGCAACUCCAGACGUGAAACCUCAGGUAUCCUGCUUCAAGUUGACAGCUCCCCUGGGAGACGCAGAAUCGCUCUGGCGGGUCGGUGUACAGAUCUGUAUAUAGUGUCAUUUUUACGGAAACCCUUUUGGCGUGCAUAAGGAAUCACUGUGUACAAACUGGCCAAGUGCUUCUGUAGAUAAUGUCAGUGGAGUAAAUAUUUGACAGGCCAUAACUUGAGUCUAUUGCCUUGCCUUUAUUACAUGUAAAUUUUGAAUUAUGUGAGCAGUGGUUUGGGUUUUCUUUUGUACUUGCAGGGUUUGCCAUGAAUAAUAAUUCUCGCUCCUCUUUGUACCUCAGCACAGGCGCCACCCCCUUGGUACACUUAGAUGUUGGUUUCCUGUCUCAUUGAUGGUACUAUUUCUUAGUGUUUUAAAUUGGAACAUAUCUUGUCUCAUGGAGCUUUAAAUUAUUGUUUCACAUUUCUCCCGGAUGCCGCGCUCUGGUCCAGCGUUCGUUUGGAGUUGUGCCACUGCCGGUGUGCGCCGGAUGUACUGUCUUCUCCCAGUAUGAUUUUCUGUUGCACCUUGUAGUGGAAUCUGCACAUCAUCUCUGCCACCUAAAACGUCUGAAUGCUUACACGAAUAAAUUUUAUAACACACUUACCUUGCAUACUCUCC